AUGUCUGGCGCAGUUGCUGAUCUCGGCCUUAUCGGCCUGGCCGUCAUGGGUCAGAACCUGAUUCUGAACAUGGCAGACCACGGCUUCACCAUCUGCGCUUUCAACCGAACCGUCUCCAAGGUCGACCGUUUCCUUGAGAACGAGGCCAAGGGCAAGUCCGUCGUCGGUGCUCACUCCACCGAGGAGUUCAUCUCCAAGCUCAAGUCGCCUCGCCGCGUCAUGCUCCUCGUGCAGGCUGGCAAGGCCGUCGACGACUGGAUCGAGACCCUCCUGCCCCUGCUUUCGCCCGGAGACAUCAUCAUUGACGGUGGAAACUCGCACUUCCCCGACUCCAACCGCCGAACCCAGUACCUGAAGACCAAGGGUCUGCACUUCGUUGGCUCCGGUGUUUCCGGAGGUGAGGAGGGUGCCCGUUACGGUCCCUCUCUGAUGCCCGGUGGUGACGAGGCUGCCUGGGGCCCCAUCAAGGAGAUCUUCCAGAGCGUGUCUGCUAAGAGCGACAACGAGCCAUGCUGUGACUGGGUCGGUGACGAGGGUGCUGGCCACUACGUCAAGAUGGUGCACAACGGUAUCGAGUACGGUGAUAUGCAGCUCAUCUCUGAGGCCUACGACAUCAUGAAGCGCGGCCUCGGCCUCAGCAACAAGGAGAUGGGCGAUGUUUUCGCCAAGUGGAACAAGGGUGUUCUGGACUCCUUCCUCAUUGAGAUCACAAGAGACAUCCUGUACUACAAUGAUGAGUCGGAUGGCAAGCCCCUUGUCGAGAAGAUUCUGGACCAGGCUGGCCAGAAGGGAACUGGCAAGUGGACUGCCAUCAACGCCCUGGACCUGGGCAUGCCCGUCACUCUGAUUGCCGAGGCCGUGCUCGCUCGUUGCCUGUCCGCCAUCAAGCCAGAGCGUGUUGAGGCUUCCACGAAGCUCGAGUUUGUCGGGCGUGCCAACAGCUUCGAGGGCAACAAGGAGCAGUUCCUCGAUGACCUCGAGCAGGCUCUCUACGCCUCCAAGAUCAUCUCGUACGCCCAGGGCUUCAUGCUGAUGCAGGAGGCUGCCAAGGAGUACGGCUGGAAGCUGAACAAGCCCUCGAUCGCUCUGAUGUGGCGUGGUGGGUGCAUUAUCCGCUCUGUGUUCCUGAAGGACAUCACCAACGCGUACCGCAACAAUCCCGACCUCAAGAACCUGCUCUUCGACGACUUCUUCAACAAGGCUAUCCACAAGGCUCAGCCCGGCUGGAGAGACGUCGUCUCCAAGGCCGCCCUGCUCGGAAUCCCGACCCCAGCCUUCUCCACUGCUCUGUCAUGGUUUGAUGGAUACCGCACCAAAGACCUGCCAGCCAACCUGCUGCAGGCCCAGCGUGACUACUUCGGUGCCCACACCUUCAGGGUCAAGCCCGAGGCUGCCAACGCGAAGUACCCCGAGGGACAGGACAUCCACGUUAACUGGACCGGCCGUGGUGGAAACGUGUCUGCCUCCACAUACCAGGCAUAA